CUACAAUGUGGGCCAGCGCCAUCUCAGAAGACGGAGCGAAAGAUGAUUUUGGCGGGAAGCUCAUUCAUUUAGGCUUGUAAUAUCUUAAAUUUCAGCUUUCCUUCGCCUCUGCUCACUGCCCUCCCGGUCGCGCCUGUGCGGCUGUGCGGCUGUGUCGUCUAUUUGGGCUGCAAAAUUUUGACCUUCACUCGGCCAUCGCCAAAAACAAAGCGCCGGAAACUAUCUCCCUUACUCGACCACCUCCUCCUACCUCUGCUCUAAUAAUCAGCGCCGUUGAUUCUGUGUCCUCGGCUAUUUUUGGAUCUGUUAUUUUGCCCUCCCCUCUCUCCCCUCUCUCCUCUCUCUCUCCUCUCUCUCUCUCCUCUGUCUCCUCUCUCUCCUCUCUCUCCUCUCUCUCCUCCCCCCCAACCCCACCCCUCGGAGUCCCUCCCUCUCUUGUCAAGAGAUCAACGAUUGUUGGUGGGCAGGGCUCUUUUUUCCUUCCCCGUGGUUGUCACAGCCAUCAUGGAAUCUGCAGGCGGCGCUGCUAAUCCGACCACAAUGGACGUUCAUGCCGCUGAUCCGGAUCCUGAUACGGCGGCGACCGUUGUGUCUGGCUCUGUUCCUCGCCAGCCGCAUAGUAAAGUCCAGAAGAUUGAGUCGCGGCGGGAGGAUGCGGCGGUCGGGAUCCCUCCGGACUGUCCUGGAGCCGCUGUCCCUGCUGUGGCUAAUGGCUGUGGCAAUGAUGCCAACAACGGCGCGCAGCCCGACGAGGACACUGGUGUCCUCAGAGUCGAGUUCAUAUCGGACAAGGCAGUGCUCCCCAAAAGGUUCAAGAACUCGUCUGGUUAUGACCUGUACACGCCCUAUUCAUACGUAAUUCCACCAGGCGGAAGGUGUGAGGUGAAGACUGGCAUCAAAGUUGCGGUUCCCAAAGGAACCUACGGCCACGUGGUUGGCCGGUCGAGACUGGCUUACAAGCACUUCAUUACUCCAUUUGAGGGCGUCAUCGAUGCCAACUUCAGAGGUGAAGUCAUUGUCCUUCUUUUCAGUCAUUCCAAGAAGGAGUACAAAAUAAAUGCAGGGGAUCGAGUGGCGCAACUUGUUCUGGAAAGAAUCGCCACGCCCGAAGUGAAACGAGUGGACAAGCUGAAUGACACAGAGAGAGGUGCCGACGGAUUCGGCUCAACUGGUCGGUGACCACGACGCGCUCCUUAUCGCCUGUGCUAAUCUUACACGCAAUUAAACAAGUGCUUCUAGUGGUUCAUUCCACGAAGGAAGGGGAUAACACCAGCCUGCACUGAGUGAGCGAUUCACCAGUGAAAGGAAAGUGCUUCAGGCCGUAGAAGUAAGUCCAUGCAGUUCAGGCAAUGCAUGCACACAGUGUCACUUCUUGUCGGCUGUGUAUAUCCAAUGUGGAGAUUCUGAGCUGUGUCGAAGCAGAAUACCGAUGGAUGCUCUGCCCAAAAUAGGUUGAUCCCCGCAAGUCACCAGCAGCUUUCACUUAACAGGGCACUGCAGGCAACCAGCAUUGACGCCUCACUCACUCGUGAAAUUCAUCGUUGAGUGCUUGCUAGCUACAUGUACAAUACACACAGACUGGUUGCUGGUUACCUCCAUGAUCAUACAUUCAAACUCGCUGCAGUCGAAGGCUUCUUUCCGGAAUCUCAGAGACAGAGGAAGAUAUGUGUGUGUGUG